GCUGCAUGGCGAAUCAGUGCCAACUGACUUAAAACAAGAAAACUUUGUUUUCAUUUUUUGAUUUCAUGUUAAUUUUAAAUGGUUUUGAGCCUAUCAAAUGAUAUAAGUAUUUAAAAUUUAGCUCAGUCGUCCCGGUAAAUGCCGCAACUGCGCCAUGACUGUACGCUAAUCCUAUUCCGUUUGUGAUGCGAAUUACCGGCCGUCGAGGAGUCAGCCCGGGUUCAGUCUUCAACUCAUUUAGGUGUCCGACAAAAUCUGGCUCAAUGCUCAAUGUCAGUAAACUGUGUGCUGCUUUUUCUGAGCAAGUGGGAAUAUCUGUCUCGAGGCUCAAGCCAGUACAUAAGAGAAGAAUACAUGUACAAACAGCCUCUUUUUCAGGAUAUGCAGGAGCUGGAGAGAGCACGGUGAACCCGGAUGAGGUGGCCAAGUUCAGCCGUCUGGCGGCGCUGUGGUGGGACGAGACGGGCGAGGUGCGACCCCUGCACGCCAUGAACGAGCUCAGGGUGCCGCUGGUCCGUGACGGCCUGGUGGGCACCGGGGCCGUGCCACCGCCGCUGCGCCGCUCGGCCCGACCCCUCGCCGGUCUGCGGGUGGCGGACGUCGGCUGUGGUGGGGGACUGCUCUCUGAGCCGCUGGCCAGACUGGGAGCCCACGUCACAGGCAUCGAUGCCGCCGAGGAGAAUAUACAGGUGGCCGCACUGCACGCGACUGAGGACCGUCGGCUGCGGUCCCCGGGGCUGCGGCCUCCCCAGUACCUCUGCUGCACCGUGGAGGAGCUUGCCCAGGAGCAGCCGCGCGCCUUUGACGCCGUCGUGGCCUCCGAGGUGCUGGAGCACGUGGAUAACCAGCCUCUGUUCCUGGACAUGUGCUGUCAACUGCUGAGGCCUGGCGGCUCGCUGUUUCUCACCACGCUGAACCGAAGCCAGUGCUCGUGGCUGGCGGCCAUACUGGCUGCCGAGUACGUAUUGCGGAUUCUCCCGGUGGGAACCCACGACUGGAACAAGUUCAUCCCGCCGGCGGAGCUGCACAGCCUCCUGGCAGCCAACGGCAUGUCGCUGCGUCUCCAGCACGGUAUGCGCUAUAACCCGGUCAGCAGCCGAUGGAGCUGGACCUCCGACUGCUCCGUCAGCUACGCCAUGCACCUGGUGGCGCCCGAGGACCCGCUGGACCCGCCGGAGGAUCCUCUGCAGGAUACAGAGGACCCGCCGCCGGCGUCAGGGGAGUCCCCGCGCGGUGCGGCCGCAGCGUAACCAACGUACGGUGUGGGACGGAGUGACUGACUCAGGUGUCUGUAUUGUGAGUAUGGCGAUGGAGAGCGGGUGGACGCUUCUGGAGAGAUAGUUCGUUCGAUCUGUUGCAGGUCAGAAUGCAUAUGGAAUGAAGUGUACAUGGGGAAGCGGUGUUUCGUUAGUGUACUCGUAAGCAUGAGCUUAGCAACUGUUGUGAGAAGUUUGUCUUUUGAAAAUGACGUCGGCUUUAAGCCAGCGCCGUUGUCAUGCGCCUAGCGGUUUUAAGUGCAAAAUAAUCACCUCAGCGAUGCCGGGAUCCGGUAAAUGUCAAAUACAAAAAAAAAAAACAUAAUAAACAUAUGUUAUAUAUUCGCACCGCAGUCAACACAAUAAGUGAUUAAAAUUGUGUGAUGAUGACAUAGCCGAUUCAGGUGUGGUGAAUAUACGCCACAUUUACCGCUG